UUGUGGACUAUGUCUUUGGCUGAUACAACAGAAGCACACACAGAUGAGCAUUUCCCCAGUCUGGCAUUAGGAAGCAACAAGAGGUCUGCAGAAGGCAAACGUAGCCCUGGCACUGGCGGCCUGUCACAGAACAGCCGGGCUUCCAAUGGGAGCGUGGAUUACAGCAGGUCCCAGUGCUCCUGCACAAGCCUGACUUCUCACUAUGACUACUCAGAAGACUUUCUCUCUGAGUGCUCUGAGGUGGCUAUCGGCAGACAUCAGUCAGAGCAGCCUCUGGCGAAGGAAAAGGAGAAAAGAAAGUAUAAUACUUGUAAAUUCCCCCAGCCUAAAGGCCAGAAGGACAUCCCAGCUGAGAAAAAGCACAUCUGGAAUGCUUCAUUUUUCAGUUCUCAAAUCCAAACAAUUGCCAAGAGAAGAGACACCAUGACACAUCGGAUCCUGUCAGCCAGGCUCCACAAGAUCAAGGAGCUGAAGAACGAGCUGGCAGACAUCCACCGGAAGCUGGAAGCCACUGUCAUAGAAAACCAGUUUCUGAAGCAGCUUCAGCUCAGGCACCUGAAAGCCAUCGGGAAAUAUGUGAACUCUCAGAACAAUCUACCUCAAAUCACAGUUAAGCACCAGAACGAGGUGAAGAACCUUCGGCAGCUCCUCCGGAAGUCCCAGGAGAAGGAGCGAGCUGUGUCCAGGAAACUCCGAGAAACCGACAGCGAGUUACUGAGGACCAAAGACACCUUACAAGCCCUGCAGAGACUCUCAGAAGACAAAAACCUUGCAGAGAGAGAAGAACUGACUCACAGGUUGACCGAUCUUACAGCCAAAAUGGAAGCAAAUGAUAAAAAAAUACAGAACUUAGAAAAACAGCUGCGGCUGAACAAUCGGUCCUUUAGUCGGCAGUUGGCCAAAGAAAAUCGGAAGACAUUAGCAGCUCAAACAGCGACGAAGACUCUGCAGGCAGAAGUGAGACAGCUGCAGCAGAAGCUGAAGGAGAAGGAUCGUGAGCUGGAAAUAAAAAACAUCUAUACUAAUCGAAUACUUAAAAAUUUACAUGAUAAGGAAGAUUACCCCAAAGUUUCCUCAACAAAAUCAGUACAAGCAGACAGGAAAAGUUUGCCAUUUGUAAAUAUGAGACACCAGGAAACCCAAAAGUCAGAUGUCCCAUUUUGGAUAACUAAGGGUAAAAAGGGAAAAGGAAACAUUGUUCAUAAAGAAAAAGCAACAGGAAUAAACCAUGAUAUUUCAUACUACAUGUGUAAACUACCAAAGCAAGAAGAGUCUAAGAGAAAAUAUGAAGCAAAUCUCACGGUCUUAAAGAGCAUGCCAUCUCCUCGAGCUUCCUGGGGACAGGUGGCCACUGAGCAGAUCUGUGCCUUCCAUCUGGAAUGUCACUGUUGCACCCAGACAGCAGAUUUAUCAAAGGAGGUUGAACACCCGAAACCACAAACCUCUCUGGAAACUCCUAGGAGGCCAAAAGAGAAAAAGGAAGACCAAGAAAAAAGACUCAUCUCAGCAGAAGCAGAGCCAACUGCAAAGGGAAGUGAGGCCCCGGUGGACGCGGAGGAUAAGGCCCUGGCCAGAGCGGCCGGCAAUGCAGGAGAUGCGGGCGAUGCGGGCAAUGCAGGCGAUGCGGGCAAUGCGGUCGGCGAGGUGGUCAGAGCGCACGAGCUGCCGGGAGUGCACGAGCUGCCCGAGGCGAACGAGGCGGAUGAAGUGCACCGGGCGGACGAGGCCGGCGACGCCGAGCCCGGACGCGGCCGGAGGAAGACCCCGCGGUCUCGGAAGCACUACUCCUUCACCGAGGCCACCGAGAACCUGCACCACGGGCUGCCUACCUCCUGCAGGCAGGUUCCGGGCAGCCCGCACUGCUGCUGCCGCCACGGCACUGGCAAGCACCGCAGCGAGCAAGAGCUGCGGCUAGAGCCUGCCGGCUACGAGCCCUCGUUCGGAAAGGGAUCCAGGACCAGGGCCAGGGCGACGGCGUUCCGCGACAGGAAGAGCAGCCUCAUGGAGGAGCUGUUCGGCUCUGGCUUCGCGGGCAGGGCGGGCCCCAGCGACGGCGAGGCAGUCAAGUCCCCGCAGCAGCCCGCGCCCCAGGCCUCGGCUGGCAACGCCUUCGGGGACUCUAGAGCCACUGUGGUGCGGUCCAUCCAGGCCUCACCCACCGAAGCCAACAGGAAGACUGUUGUUUAAAUGCAGCAGUCACCUGAUACAUUCUGGUUUAUAUACUAGUUAUGUGCCUUUAAUCUUAUUUACCAUGUGAGGGC